GAGAUGAUUAAAUAAAGGUGAUCCUCCUCCAUUCCCGUCUCUCCUUGCAGAUUUUUACUAAGGACCCCCUGAUUAUUGACGUCGAUGGGGUGAUUUAUUACCACGUACAAGAUGCCUUCCUUGCCGUAACCAAAGUCUCCGAUGCGGAUGCUGCCACCAACCUCCUAGCCAAAGCCAUCAUGAAGAACACGCUGGGGGCCCAAACCCUCUCCCACCUCAUCUCCGACCGAGAAAAAAUUGCCAAAGAGAUCCAGGCCUUGCUAGACAACAUCACACGUGAUUGGGGAGUCAAGGUGGAGCACGUGGAGAUCAAGAAUGUGAAGACACAAGUAAAUAUUGUCUCCCCAAGGAGUGUGACGCCACAGCCCCUGAAAGAAGUUUCCAUCUUCCUUCAAGAUUCUCCUGUCUCCAUCCAACUCCGUUGCUUGAAGGCAGACAGUGCUCGUCCUAGCCCACACACCUCCACUAUUAUCUUUAGUUAACCAAGCUAAGCGGAAAAGUAUUGAGAAGGAAGCCAUCAACAGAAGCUGCUUCUCCAGAACGCGGGCUGAUUUGGCAUGAAGCCGGGGUCCUUCAGAACCCAAGGAAGAUACAGGGAUACAUGUAUUUGUUUGUUUGUUUUUUAAGGUUUGAUGUUGUUUCUAUUGUUCUCCCUUCCCCACAACACCAAUAAAAUUUAA